AUGGAUGGACGGAACUACAGUGACUUGGCACAUGCGAUUCAAGCAGAGUUGGUGCAAUCUUAUGAGGAAAAACUCUUCGCGGAUUGGUCCGCAUGUCCCUUAGCUGGUCGAGUGUGCAGACUAGAUGACAUUGAUCACCAGGCUUCCUGGUGGUGGGUGGAAAAAGGUCUACUAGCACCUGACAAUCUAAGGAACGCCUUGGCCGUUCAAGAAGGGUGCAUCCGAGUACGAGCUGCACCAAUGAUGCGAGAAGAACAUGGUGACAAGAACUGUAGAACUUGUGGGCAUGAACUGGAAACCGUAGAGCACGUAGUAAGCCAUUGUAAAACUUGGCUAACUUCUCUCUACAUCUCACGACAUGACAAUGUGGCGAGAUGUAUAAUGUUUAUGUUAUGUGAAAAAUACGGUAUCCCACCAUAUCACUAUUCCGUCCAAGUUCCCCCUGUUACCAUCUCUAAUAACAUCAAAAUUUUAUGGGGUAUGCCGGUGCAGACUAGAGAACCUAUGGUUCAUAGAAAGCCCGACAUUGUCCUAUAUGAUGGGGAACAGAAGAUCGUAAUAGUGGUAGAAGUGUCGGUACCCUUUGUUUCAGGUAUAAGUCACCAAAUUCAGCUAAAAACGAACAGAUAUACAGUUAACAGUAUGCGACAAGAAGAUGACAAUGACUUACCGUAUAGACCUGGACCAAACCUCUGUAGCGAUCUUCAUGACACUACAGGGUGGGAGGUUCGGUUUAUACCGGUAGUCAUUGGCACAUCUGGAGAAAUCCCCAAAGGACUGUACCAGAAACUCCAAACAAGCUUCGAUAUUUUACCGGUAAAAGCAAGACAGGUGAUCGAACGAAUGAGUAGAGAGGCAGCGCUAGGGACGUCAAGGAUAUUGAAGACUCAUUUGAGUCACUUAGAAUGGACCAAGAAACCGAGAGACAGGAGAGAUAAAAAUAUGCAACCACCAAUGCGAAACCCUGCU